ACCAAGAACAACACCUCCUAGUCAUCCAUACCCUUCACACAUCUUGUACCCCACAUAUCUUUGUGACACACACAUAAUUACUUAAUAAGAUAUAUAAAUACAUAUGCAUGGUAAUAUAAGGUGAUCCAUAUCAAUAAACAAAACAAGAUGGCGGAUAUGCAGGAUACGAUGCUGCUGGGUUUGGAGGGAAUCAAGAAAACCAUCCUGCAUGGAGGCACCGGAGACAUCCCAAAACUCAUCACUGGGGCAAAGGUGACGUUUCACUUCCGCACCCAGUUGUGUGAUGAUGAACGUACAGUGAUAGAUGACAGCAAAGUGGCGGGGACGCCCAUGGAGAUAGUGAUCGGCAACAUGUUCAAGCUGGACAUCUGGGAGACCCUGUUGUCCUCCUUGAGGAUCGGUGAGGUGGCUGAAUUCUGGUGUGACACCAUUCACACUGGCGUUUAUCCAAUUGUGUCCAAGAGUAUGAGGCGCAUUGCAGAGGGCAAAGACCCAGUUGACUGGCACAUCCAUACAUGUGGUAUGGCCAACAUGUUCGCCUACCACAGCCUUGGCUACGACGACCUGGAUGAGCUGAUGAAAGAACCAAAACCCCUCUACUUUGUCCUGGAGCUGCUCAGGGUGCAGCAGCCCAGUGAGUACAACAGGGACACGUGGGCUUUGAGUGAUGAGGAGAGGCUGAAAGUGGUCCCUGUGCUGCACGGCCACGGGAACAAGCUCUACAAACAAGGUCACUACCAACAGGCCACAGAAAAGUACAAGGAGGCCAUCAUCUGCAUCAAGAAUGUUCAGACAAAGGAGAAAGCAUGGGAGGCCCAAUGGCUGAAGCUGGAGAAGAUGGCCAACACCUUAACGCUCAACUACUGCCAGUGUCUACUGCGCAUGGAAGAAUACUACGAAGCCAUCGAGCACACUACCGACAUCAUCAACCAGAACCCAGGUGAAAUGAAAGCCUUCUACCUGCGAGGGAAGGCCCAUGUGGAAGUGUGGAACGAGGCGGAGGCUCGGCAGGACUUCAGCAGGGUGCUGGACCUGGACCCUGGCAUGAAGAAGGCCGUCAAGAGAGAGCUGGCUGUGCUUAAUAUGCGCAUGGAGGAAAAGAACCAGGAGGACAAGAUCAAGUACAAAGGCAUGUUUUGACCAGGAGAGACUGCAGCAGAGGUUGGAGCAUCAGAGGAGUGAUGGGCUAAAGAGUAAAGUUAUUAAAUCACAAAUCCCCAUGCUUAAUUUGACCUUUAACCACUACACCCAACUCCCUGCAUCGACUUUCGCCAUGGCUUUGAGACACUCCCAGUAGUGUGGAAGAGAGUGCCCACUAAAAUAAUAGUGGUUUAUUAAAUCAGGAUGUUAUAUAAGCCGCUCCCUUUCGGCUCCCCUCUUUCCUUUUCCUCUGAACCAUGAGUGAGACAACCUAGUAAAGUAAGGACUUUUCACCCUUAUAAUCUCACUUUUUGGUAUCAAUUGGUUGAUAUUUCAUGGAUUGGUUUAAAUGUUUGACUUUGUUGUUUGUAUUGCGUUUAUAUUAUAUUGUUAAACUAGGCAUUGAGAUGUACCUAAAUGCUAAGAUUAUGGAUGUAUUAAGUGAUUUAAGUGAGAAUACUAAAUAUGAAGCUGGAGCUACCAGCCAAUUAGCUUAUUUUCGCAUAAAGACUGGAAACCGCUAGAUUUGCUCUGUCCAGCUCCAUUAUAACAUGAGCUUUAGAGGUGAGGGUAGGUGGCUAUUUCACUUUUGUACAGAGCCUGGCUUACUCUUUCCCCUAGUUUCCAGUCUUUAUGCUAAGAUAAGCUAGCCAGCUGCUGGCAGUAGUUACAAAUUUACCGGAUAGACAUGAGAGUACUAUCAGUCUUCUUAUCCAACUCUCGGGAAGUUUGCGAAUAAUAUCAAACUAUUCCUUUGUUGAUUUUCUGAUUUGGAAUAUUGUUUUGGAAUAUUUCCUCAUCAUGUAAAGAAAAGAAAAAAAUCCAUGAUACUGACUGAUUGCUAAUAAAUUGUUGGAGCAGUAUAUUUGGAUUUCUGUGUUUAAAUAUGACCCCACAACAGAUGUUAUGUGAGCCAACAGAACCACCAAAAGUCAUGUCACACUCUGCCACUAUUUUCCCUAAACAAUGUUGAAGAACUGAAGUAGUGGCUAUGUUAUCUCUAAAGUGUGAUAUUAAGUCAAUAGUCAUAUCAAAUAAAAUUUAAACAAAGUUUCUUCUCUAAGUCUUGGAAGCACAUUGGCCUUCCACAAGAUGGCGCUCUGACCACAAUUAUGCCUCUGUUUCAACUUAAACCCUGUUGGAAAUUAUUCUGAGCCUAUCAGCAGCAUUCUCAUUUUCAUGAAGUGUCUAGGGGCGCAUAAAAAUAAAUAAUCUGGAUUUUA